ACUUAGCAAUUCAGGUAAUUCAGAUCUAAGCCUUUUUAAUUACCAAAUAUUUACCAGUCAGAUGUACAAGAUUUAUCAUUUCAUAUAUACAGUCAUGACUAGCACUAAAUUCUGUACACAAAAUUUUCUAUGUCAAGCAUGGGUGACUAACGGCUUAGCUACAAAAACCUAAGUCCAAAAGUGCCUAGCCGUCUAGCUCGUCACUCCCCCGGGCUUCCCACGCGUCGGGUCUUACUACCUGAAAUGGUGGACAAGGAAACCGUGAGAUAGAAAUAUCUCAGUAAGUAAACAUGGGGGCCCGACAUCAAACCCCACCACAAAAUCCUAAACCAGUUCAACAUGCUCCCACUGUUAGUGAAUCUCAAGGCCAAUCUCACAUCGCCCCAGCCCAGCAACCCCGCCAUGACGAUGUCACUCGACGUCUAGAUAGCUUGGAACGGCUAGUAGUUGAACAGCGAGGUGCCCCACCUCCACACCCUGCUAUUGACUCCGUACCCCACCCUUUCAACACCAAUAUUGUACUCGAACCUUAUCCUGCUGGCUUCAGAAUACCACAGCUUGAAACUUAUGAUGGGACGAAGGACCCUGAUGACCAUCUACAUGCUUUCUACUCCCGCAUGCAAGCGCAAAACACCUCUUACGCAUUGAUGUGCAAAAUCUUUCCCUCUACCCUCCGGGGAAAUGCUCGAACUUGGUACUAUAGUCUGCCUCCGAGGUCAAUCAACUCUUACACAGAACUGGCAUCUGCUUUUGCCACAAAGUUUUCCAGUAGAAGGUUGAUCAGGAAAACCACUUCUGAGCUGAUGCGAGUCAAACAGAGGGACGGAGAGUCUUUGAAGAAUUUUAUGAGCAGAUUCAAUGAUGCAAUGCUGGAGGUUAAUUCUUUCGACCAAGCUGUGGGAAUUACAACGGUGAUCUCGGGUCUUGGCCAUGAGAGGUUCCGAGAUAGUCUGCUCAAACAUCCUGCCAACACCUUCAGCGAGGUAAAUGAUAGAUCGUUGAAAUUCAUAACUGCUGAGGAAUAUGCCCUGUCGCAAAACCUAACUCCUACUAAGAGCCAACACCCGGACUGGAGAGAUGAGAAUCCGAACAGGAAACAGAUGAAGACAACACAGAACAGAGGUCCGAUGUCGACCCCGAGAUUCGGAAGGCCGAACUCAGCACCUCCGCAACAACCUGCAGGUAAACCUCCAGUUAAUUUGACUCCUUUUAAUUUACCGAGGUCACAAAUCUUUAUGCAGAUUAAGAAUAAGAUGGACUUAAGACGUCCGGGUCCAAUGAGAACUGCUGCUUCUACCAGAGACCAUACUAGGUACUGUGAUUUUCAUCAGGAUCACGGUCAUACAACAGAGCAAUGUAAUAGUCUGAGGUCCGAACUGGAAAGUCUGGCACAGAAAGGAAUGUUGAAUGAGUACAUCCAGAGAGUGGAACAGCCAAGAUUAAUUAAGUGGGCAGUAGAACUGGGGGAGUUCGAGAUAACAUUUAAGCAGAGAUCUGCAAUCCGAGCUCAGGCACUGGCAGAUUUCAUUGUAGAGUGCACUCCAGGUAAUUCCAUUCCUACUCCGGAGCCCAAUGACUGGACCUUAUAUGUUGAUGGGGCAUCUAGUAGCAAAGGUUCAAGAGCUGGUGCUCUCUUGAUUAGCCCAGAUGGAUACCAAAGUGAACAUGCUCUGAAAUUUAACUUCGAUGUAACAAACAACAUGGCUGAGUAUGAAGCCCUGCUACUGGGUCUGCAGCUAGCCUUUGAAUUAAAACUCAGUGCGAUCCAAGUAUACAGUGACUCCCAACUGGUGGUGAACCAAAUUAACUCAAUUUGCGAAGUUGUUGAUCCUGUGAUUGUGAAAUAUGUAGCUCUGGUGGCCAAGCUGAAGUGCAAAUUCCAGAAAUUCUGUCUGAGCAAAAUCCCCCGAACUAAGAAUGAACAGGCAGAUUCACUCUCUAAAUUCGCCUCUGAUAGUUCUUCACAUUCCAGAUCAGUUUUUGUGGAGGUCUUAGAUGAACCAAGCUUCGUGAAGCCACGGGUGAUGGAGAUCAGCACCGACCCAGGCACACCGAGCUGGACUGACCCAAUCCUUUCCUUCUUACGAGAUGGGACAGUACCUGAGGACAGGCAGGAGGCAAUGAAGUUGAGGAGGAAAGCAUCUCGGUAUACACUUGUUAAUGGGAUCCUCUAUAAGCGAUCUUUCUCUCUACCUCUUCUACGGUGCUUGAAUCCCUAUGAAGCAGAAUAUGCACUUAGGGAGGUGCAUGAAGGUGUCUGUGGAAGUCACGUGGGUGCUCGAACCUUGGCCCAUAAAGUCCUUAGACAGGGUUAUUAUUGGCCCAACAUGUACAAGGAUGCCACUCACUUUGUUCAAAGAUGUUCGAAAUGCCAGUUCUUUGCACACCUGACUCACCAGCCUGCAGAAGAGCUCACUACUCUGGUAGCACCAUGGCCAUUUGCUCAGUGGGGAUUGGAUCUUUUAGGCCCAUUCGUGAAAGGGGUUGGUGGUGUAACCCACCUGAUCGUUGGUGUAGAUUAUUUCACAAAGUGGGUUGAAGCUCGACCGUUAUCCAGUCUUACUUCCAAGAAAGUUGAAGACUUUGUUUUCAACUCAAUAAUCUGCAGAUAUGGGAUCCCGAAUCAGAUUGUGGCUAAUAAUGGACCUCAAUUUAACUGCACCUCUUUUCGAGAUUUCUGUUCCAGCUACAGGAUUAAACUGCAGUUCACCUCGGUUUACCAUUCGGAGUCCAACGACAUGGUCGAAUCUGUUAACAAGUGCAUCCUAGAAGGUAUAAAGCUGAGGUUGUAACAACACAAGGCCAAAUGGGCAGACGAGCUCAACAACGUCCUCUGGGCAUACAGAACUACGAGUCAAACUGCCACAGGUAUUACUCU